UUAAAAUCUUACCAGUUUCCAGUCGCGUCCAUGAUUUUAGUUUCUUGAAUAUGAGCUAAACCUUGGUCUCUCUCUUCUUCAUCCUCCUCAUCUGUCUGAGUUAGUUUCCAUAGAAAGAGAUGGGGUUCUGGUCACUACUGGAGGUGGCAUCUAUGCCAAAUUUGCAGAUGCUUUUGAUUUCUGCAUUAGGAGCUUUGAUGGCUACUAAUUAUCUCAAUCUUCUUUCUCCUGACGCCAGAAGAUCUAUGAAUAAAAUUGUGUUCGUGGUCUUCUCUCCAUCACUCGUGUUUACAAGUCUGGCAAAGUCUGUCACCCUUCAAGAUCUCAUCUCAUGGUGGUUUAUGCCCGUUAAUAUUGGCUUAACCUUUCUAUUUGGAGGAAUUCUUGGAUGGAUUGCAGUCAAAAUAUUGAGGCCAGAGCCACAUCUAGAGGGCCUUAUCAUUGCCACAUGUUCAGCAGGAAACUUGGGAAAUCUUUUGUUGAUACUUGUUCCUGCAAUCUGCAAGGAAGAUAGAAAUCCAUUUGGUGAUCCCAACGUCUGUGCUUCUGUUGGAUUCUCAUAUGUAUCGUUAUCGAUGUCUCUCGGUGGUAUCUUCAUAUGGACUCAUACUUACCAUUUGAUACGAAGUUCUGCUACGAAGUAUAAGGCGAUGAAUGCUGCUGAGGAGUCGUCCAAGAAACCCAACAUGGAUUUAGAUGCAAAUGAGUCGUCGAAUCUUCUUGACAGAGGAGAAGAGGAUGUUGCUAUAACCAUGUCAACAACAAAAUCUCCAAGAGAUGACACAAAUGAUCGAACUAUUGAGUCCGAGUCGAUUGGAUCAGAUGGGAAGCUCGUUACACAGAGUGCAUCAGCGAGGAGCACGUUAUCGGGAAUUUUGCAUCAGAUAUUGGAGGAGAUACUGGCACCUCCUACCCUUGGUGCAAUUAUUGGAUUAAUCUUUGGGGCUAUUACAUGGCUCAAAAACCUUAUUAUUGGUGAAAGUGCUCCACUUAGAUUUAUCCAGGAUUCUUUAAAAUUACUCGGGGAUGGAACCAUCCCUUGCAUGACCCUUAUACUUGGAGGCAACCUAACACAAGGUUUACGCAAGGCGAGUUUGAGGCCGCUUGUUAUCCUAGCAGUCAUCUGCGUACGCUAUGUGAUACUUCCUGCAGUUGGGAUUGGUAUCAUUAAAGCAGCUGCUCAAUUUGGCUUCCUUGCAGCAGAUCCACUCUACCAUUUUGUGCUGAUGAUUCAAUACACUCUCCCUCCUGCAAUGGCCAUCGGUACUAUGACACAACUCUUUGAUGUGGCUCAAGAGGAGUGUUCAGUACUGUUUCUAUGGACUUACGUGGUUGCAGCCAUUUCACUAACAGUAUGGUCUACUGUCUUCAUGUGGAUCUUGUCCUGAAGGAAGGAAUGGACCAUGUUUGGGUACAUAUAUUCGAGAAUUGGGAUUUUGUUUGUGAAAAAGAAGAUACAUUUAUUCGAGAAUUGGAAUUUUGUUUGUCAAAAAGAAAAGAAUAAUAGAGACUUGUCCUGAAGGAACUAAUGGGCCCUGUUUGGAUGCAUAUAUUCGACAAUUGGGAUUUUGUUUGUGAAAAAGAGAGAAAGAACUGGGAUUUCGAAACAGAGAUGCUAUCUAUAUAAUAUUGAUAUAGAUAUAGAAAGGCAAAUGACAUGUGAUGCAAGGAAAAAAAAAGAAAAAAAAGGAAGCCUUCCGUUGGAUUCAGACUUUAGUAUUGUUUUCCCUUUUCUAAUACAUGUUUCUGAAGUAAAUAGUUGUACCAUUAUUUCCUAUAAUUAAAGGGAAAUCUACUCACAAGCAUUAUUAACUAA